CGGGCUCAGUUGCUUAGAGGCAGUAGGGGGAAGAUGGCGGCUGCUGGACCACAGCGGUUGUGGAGUGCGGAGCAGCUGCGCAGCGAGGCGCUCCCCAAGAAGGACAUCAUCAAGUUUCUUCAGGACAACGGCUCGGAUUCGUUUCUUGCAGAACAUAAAUUACUAGGAAACAUUAAAAAUGUUGCCAAGACAGCAAACAAGGAUCAUUUAGUUACAGCCUACAACCAUCUUUUUGAAAGUAAGCGUUUCAAAGGUACUGAGAGUGUUGCCAAAGUGACAGAGCAGGUGAAAAGUGUAAAACUUGAUGAAGAGAAAUCCAAAGAAGUCAAACCUGAAGAGACUUUGGAUGAGGGUCCACCAAAGUACACAAAAUCUAUUCUUAAGAAGGGAGAUAAAACUAACUUUCCCAAAAAAGGAGAUAUUGUUCAUUGCUGGUACACUGGAACAUUACAGGAUGGAACUGUUUUUGAUACUAAUAUUCAAACUAGUGCAAAGAAGAAAAAGAAUGCUAAGCCUCUAAGUUUUAAAGUUGGAGUGGGUAAAGUUAUCAGAGGAUGGGAUGAAGCACUAUUAACAAUGAGUAAAGGAGAAAAGGCUCGCCUGGAAAUUGAACCUGAAUGGGCUUAUGGCAAGAAAGGACAGCCUGAUGCAAAAAUUCCACCAAAUGCAAAACUCAAUUUUGAAGUGGAAUUAGUGGACAUUGAUUGAAGUGAUAAAUGUUUUAUCAACCAAACCACAUAACUUCAGGAGCUACUUCUACAAACCUGUGGCCUUGUUUAUACUUGAAGACUUUAUUCUUGGGGGUGGGGGAAGCAUUCAUUUUGAGAAUAAACCCCUCGAACUGACCGUAUAUUGUUGAAACUAUGUAAAAGACUGGUUGGGAUUCAGUUUUCUAUUAUUUAAUAGUCAUGUUGUAAAUAGAAAAUCCUGAAUACAAAUAUAUUAACAUAA